GUAUCAUACAAAAAGUUGAUACUUCAAAUAAGAUGAUGCCGAAAUUAUCAGACCGUAGAUUUUUAUAUACUGUUUUGACAAUUAUUUUGGCAAUUAUAACAUUUAUGCUGACUUUCACUCAAAAAAUUGGAAUUAUAGAACGGUUGUCACAGUCACAGGGGUUUUGUUGGGCUAACAAUUGCAAGAAUUUGGCCGCAGUUGGGAGUAGUUCAUUUUAUCUUAGCAAUCAAUCAAACACUUUGGAAAUAGUGCCGGCAAAACCAGAACCUCUGCUGGAAUCUUGUGACGACUUCCAGGCGUAUGUGGACAUCCAUGGGUACAGUUUUUCCGUCUGUCAUGGUCGCCUUGGCAAUCAAAUUGGAGUUAUGGCUCUAGGUUUGGCUGUUUACCUUCAAUUCGGCAUCAAACUAGUCCUACUGCCUAGACAAAUGAGUCAUCUCUCUAAGGUUUUCGACGCCAAACAAUUGUGCAGAAAUGAUGGAUCAACGUUUUGCUUGGUGCUGCCGAAAGAUGAUUGUGCUCUCAGUGCAAGUCGGGUGGUGACAGCCAGCAACGCGCAAGUGUGGCAGAAGGGGGUCCUAGCUUACGGACAGUCGCCCGAGGAUCUCAAAGGCGCACGAGUACAACUUCCUCAUUAUCCACAGUAUUUGCAGCAACUUGUCCACGGUUACUACGCCGAGUUUCGAAGCAAAAUGAUUUUCAGAGAAGAUAUUUUAAGCGACGCUCAAAAAGUGUACGAAAGUUUGAAUGAAAUGAACAACUGCUCCAGAGGAACCAACUGCACCGCUGUCUAUGUGCACAUGCGGAUGGGAGACUACAGGGGACACAUGGAGGCUCUGCACAGGGGGCCCGAUGUUUUCUCCAAAACCAGAUACCUGCAAGAUGCUUUUAACAAUGUCUCCAAAACAUAUGAGAAGAGCGUGUUCUACGUUAUUGGCUACUACAACAGAGACGUGGAAGAGUUUUUCCGGAGUCACGAAAAGGACUUCAAACAAUAUCAAGUUGUGCUGGUUGCCGCUCAGGAGAAGAGGAUUCUUCCAAAGAGGAAAUCAGUGCAGGGAGUGGAUUUAGCCCUCAUGGCCAUGUGCGAUGUGUUGAUUAUGUCAUACGGCAGCUAUGGAGAUUUUGGAGCCCUUUUGGGCAGAAGCAAAAAGCAAGUUUUGUACCCUAAGUUGCACAAAACUCAUGACGAAAGUGGAGUGAAUCUUGGUGGAAUGCCACGUUUUGUACCGAUACCUUGGAAGGAGUCUGCCUAAUGCGAGAGGAAGAAAUUCAGAAACAGUUUUGGCCGAACCAAGAAAUUUUCCAGUGAGAGUAUCCUCCUGCAUUACAAAUAAUUGAAAAUCGAAGUUUGAAGUGUGACGCAGAAUGUGUCUCAAUUAGAACUUUAUAUACAGCUACUUUCAACCAUCGCUUGUUCUCUUUCCAACAAAAACGAAACAUCGAAUUCUUUGCAUAAGGAAACCUAUAGAAAACGAAAAUGUAAUCGUUUCUAGUUUACACGAUGCA